UCAACGAGGCCACUGAACUUGUGAAAAAACACAAUUGCAACAUCUAUUAAUUUCCAUUACACCGACCAUCACGGUUUUUAUCGUUCGGUUGAGAGUCCUUUGCAUAUGCAAAUACAGUGGGGUGUCUCCUAUAUAGAGCGAGGACCCGAGGCUCGAGGCCUCACAACAGACCACCAGAUCGCACCAACAAGAGGGCACACCAUGGCGAACUUCUCAGUAGAAUGGUUAUCUCAAAGUUUUUACAACACUUCAACGGACCAAGUGGACAUCGAAGAAGACACAAUAUAUGACAGGACAAGGUCUCGCAUGCCUUGUGUAGUUGUUCCUCAAGCUCCAUCAACGUAUAAUCAAGUUGCAGUUGAGCCGAAAGGACCUACUGAAGUGAUACUUCAUGUCGACAUGAACGAGCUUGCUACUAAAGACGACUACACUCCAUCAUCUCCAAACAGUACGUGUAUAAUUUCCCCCCUCAAAACAAUCGAUUUGAGCAUUUGAUGUUGGAGUGUGUUACAUAUAAGCCUACUUUUGAUUUCUGGAUGAAUGACUGACAAUAUUUUGUUUGUUUACCUUUCCAGAUAGCUGUGGCUACACGACGGGCUCUGAGAGCGAGAUGGGGGACGAUAGCGAGGGCGAGUAUGCACUACACCGCAGGAUGAGAACCAAGUUCACCUCUGAUCAGAUCUGCAGACUAGAACGAACCUUCAACAAACACAAAUACCUCGGUACAACUCAGAGGAGAAAGAUUGCUGAGAAAAUGAAGCUCUCUGAAACUCAGGUGAAAACAUGGUUUCAAAACAGAAGGAUGAAGCUGAAACGCGAGGUCCAAGACCUGCGACCAGAAUUCUUUUCUCCUCCAGCAUCUCUGCUGCCACCACUGGUCUACGCCGCUCGGUCAUUUCAGCACCAAGCGCUUGGUGGACAGCUCCCCACCUUCGCCCAGAGAACACAAGCGCUCUGCCCGCAUCACAUUCAGAGAGUCCCCUUGCAACAGAUGAUUCAUGGAAAACCAAUUCACCCCAUGAUGUUGGCGCCCUGUUACUACUGAUUGGACAGCAAUCCUAAAGACUGAUUCUUAUAGUAUAACUUCUGUUUUAAUAGUGAACUUCUGUUUAAUUAUUUGACUCGCAACUGGUUGAUUCCAAUUGGGGAAUUUGUAUCUAGAAUCUAGAUCUGUCUUCAUCGUUGUCCUUUUUGAGGCUAUUAUAGACAUUUUAAUUACUUGCAAAGUA